CUCCAUCGCAAAACUGCCCGCAGACUCACUUACGCUCCGUUGAACAGGCCUAACGCAGAGAUUCACGGAGACUUCGCGGUGCUUGUAACUUCCUGGACAGUCUCUAGUCGCUGCAGCCGCUCCGCCACGGCAAGACGCGACACCAUCUUGCCCCCGGCGAUGCGACAUCCGAGUCCGACGCCAAACUGUUGUGUUCCUCUGUGUUCUAUGUGCAUGUUGUGAGUUCUGGGCUUUCCAAUGGCUGGGCUAGUGACAAGUAUGGUGAUCGGUCAACUGGUAUCAGUGGUGAAGGACAAGGCAUCCAGCUAUCUCCUGGAACAGUACAAGGUGAUGGAGGGCAUGGAGAAGCAGCACAAGAUACUCAAACGCCAACUGCCGGCCAUCUUGGAUGUCAUCACCGAUGCUGAGGAGCAGGCAACCCAUAGAGAAGGGGUCAAAGCCUGGCUUGAAGAGCUCAAGACAGUGGCCCAUGAAGCGAAUGAAGUCUUUGACGAGCUGAAGUAUGAGGCACUCCGUCGCGAGGCCAAGAAGAAUGGGCAUUACUGCAAGCUUGGCUUCGAUGUAGCGAGACUCUUUCCCACUGACAAUAGAGUUCUGUUCCGUUACAGGAUGGGAAACAAGCUCCACAGGAUUGUGCGGACCAUUGAGAUCCUUGUUACUGAAAUGAAUGCCUUUGGGUUUAAAUAUGAGCAGCAAACACCGACAUGCAAGCAGUGGCAACAGACAGAUUCCAUCAUUGUUGACCCAGAGAAUAUUGUUAGCCAGUCAAGAUAUGAGGAGAAGCAGAAGAUUGUUAAGAUACUAAAUGAUCCUGCUAAUUCUGCUACUCUCACGGUCCUUCCCAUUGUUGGAAUGGGUGGGUUGGGCAAAACCACCCUAGCACAACUCAUCUACAACGACCUUCAUGUCCAGAAGCAUUUCCAAAUAAAGAGAUGGAUCUGUGUCUCUGAUGAUUUUAAUGUUUAUGACAUUGCUCGCAAGAUCUGCAAUGGCCCUGUUGAGAAUGACAAUGAGAAAGCACUAUAUAAGCUUCAGCAAGAACUCAGUGGAAAGAGAUACCUUCUUGUAUUGGACGAUGUCUGGAACCGAGAUCCUGAUAAGUGGGAAAAGCUAAAGGCAUGUCUUCAGUAUGGUGGAAUUGGCAGUGCCAUAUUGGUGACAACUCGCAUCAAAGGAAUUGCGCAACUCAUGAGUACAGUUGAAGCCCAUGACAUCGCAUUUUUGGAGAAGAAAUUCAUAAAACAAAUUUUUAAAACCAGAGCAUUCAGUUUGCCACAUAGUAAGCCUGCUCAUGAGAUCCUUAAUAUGGUUGAUGCUUCUGAACUACUCAAUAUGGUUGAAAAGUUUGUGGAGAGAUGUGCUGGUUCUCCCUUGGCUGCAAAAGCACUAGGAUCUGUACUGCAUACCAAGACUAGCCUAGAAGAAUGGAGCGCUGUGCUAAACAAAAGCAUCAUUUGCACAGAGGAGUCUGGAAUUUUAGCGAUACUGAAACUCAGCUACAACGACUUACCAUCGGAUAUGAAGGAGUGUUUUGCUUUCUGUGCUGUGUUUCCCAAGGAUUAUGUUAUAUGUGUGGACAAGCUUAUCCAACUAUGGAUCGCAAAUGGCUUUAUCCAAGAACAAGAAGGAGUCCGUCUUGAGACAAUUGGUAAACAUAUUUUCAAUGAAUUAGCCUCAAGGUCAUUCUUUCAGAAUGUCAAGCAAGUCCUAGAUGAGAAAAACCAAGACUACUCCAGAGUUACAUGCGAAAUACAUGAUCUUAUGCAUGAUGUUGCACUCUCUACUAUGAGAAAAGAAUGUGCCACUAUCACAGAUAAACCAAGUAGAACUCAGUGGCUUCCAGAAUCUGCUCGGCAUUUAUUUUUGUCAUGCAGAAAACCAGAAACUAUUUUGAAUGAUUCUCUGAAGAGAACAUCACCAGCUAUCCAAACACUGCUGUGUGAUAGUUAUAUGGAAUGUUCACUGCAACAUUUAUCAAAGUACAGCUCUCUGCAGGCAUUACAACUCUAUAUACGGAGAGAAUCAUUCCCACUGAACCCCAAGUAUUUGCAUCACCUGAGGUACCUUGAUCUCUCAAGAAGUUGUAUUAGAGCACUUCCUGAAGAUAUAACCAUUCUAUAUAACCUGAAAACGUUGAACCUAUUUGGCUGCAAAUAUCUUGAUCGACUUCCAAGGCAAAUGAAGUAUAUGACUGCUCUCUGUCAUAUCUAUACUCAUGGAUGUUCAGAGUUGAAGAGCAUGCCUCCAGACCUCAGGAAACUCACUUCACUGCAGACACUUACCUGUUUUAUAGCAGGUACUGGUUCAUAUUGCAGCAAUGUUGGAGAGCUACAAAAUUUAAACCUUGGUGGUCAAUUAGAGCUACUUCAGCUAGAGAAUGUGACAGAAGCAGAUGCAAAAAAAGCAAACCUCGCAAAUAAAAAAGAACUCGAAGAACUGACAUUAAGAUGGACUUUCGGUCGUGAGGAGGAGCGACAACAUUAUCAUAAGGUGCUAGAGGGUUUCAAACCACAUGAUGGGAUGCAGGUUGUAAGGAUAUAUUCCUACGGAGGCACUAAUUUCCCGACAUGGAUGUGUAUGUUGCAAAGCAUCCAUCUCUUUCAUUGUAAAAAGUUGCAAUGCUUGUUCAACCAUAAUACAUCCUUCACUUUUCCAAAACUUAAGGUGCUUACACUAGAGCAUCUACCAGUUUUUGAGAGAUGGUGGGAAAGAAAUGGAAGGCAAAGAGAAAAUAUUAUAUUUCCUCAGCUUGAGAAGUUAUUUAUUAAGCAUUGUGGAAUGUUGAUACAUUUACUUGAAGCACCAUUGCUUGAAGAACCGUUUGGUGGAGAUUAUACAAUGGUAUGCUCAACAUUUCCAGUACUGAAGGUACUUGAAUUGGAGUACUUGGAGAGUUUUCAGGGAUGGGAGGCAACCGAGGGAACUCAAGGAGAACAUUUAUUGUUUCCUCGACUUGAAAAAUUGUCCAUUCAGAUGUGCCCUGAGCUGAUCGCAUUACCUGAAGCAGUGGGAGACCAAACUGUGGUACGCUCAGCAUUUCCUGCAUUAGAAGUACUUGAAUUGGAAGACUUGAAGAACUUUCAGAGAUGGGAGGCAGCCAAAAGAACUCAAGGAGCGAUAUUGUUUCCUCAUCUUCUGAAACUAUCGAUUCAGAAAUGCCCAGAGUUGAUAGAACUACCGGCAGCACCAUUGCUUGGAAAUAUGUGUGCUGGAGAUUUUAAUAUGGCACGGUCGGCAUUUCCUGCAUUGAUGGUACUUGAACUGGAAGACUUGAAGAGCUUUCAGAAAUGGCAGGCAGACAAAGUAACUCAAACUGAACCGAUAGCUUUUCCUCGGCUUCAGAAACUAUCAAUUCAGAAAUGCCCAGAGCUGAUGGCAUUACCAGCUGGCACAUUUCAGGGAGGAUUAUUUGGUGGUAAUGAUAUGAAGGAAUGGUCUGCAUUUCCAGAAUUAAAGGAACUCCAGUUAUAUGAUUUAAAGAGUUUUCAGUGCUGGGGGGUGACAGAAGCAACUUAUGGUGAACAUCUAACCUUCCCUAACCUAGAGAGUGUUCUUCUUGGGGGAUGCCCAGAGUUAAUAACUCUACCUGAAGCACCGAAACUCAGUGUAUUGGACAUAAAAAGAGGCAACAAACAGAUGUGCCAGAGGAUAGCUAGAUGUAUUACUUCAUUGACCAAUCUGAAUUUGGAGCUCAAAGACACAGAACCGUCCUUGGCUGAGCAUAGUUUACUUGUGGCCAGCAAGGAGGAUUGUAAACAUAAAUCCCCUCUGGUAGUCAUGAAGUUAUGCUGCAACAUGUUCUUUUACUCAGGUGCAUUAACUCUGUGGACAUGUUUUGUGCAGCUUCAAGAUUUGACAAUUUAUAACUGCAAUGCACUCGUCCACUGGCCAGAGAAAGAAUUUCAAAGCUUGGUAACCUUGAGUAGGUUGAAGAUUAAGGGAUGCAAUAGCCUGACCGGUUAUGCACAAACUCCUGAACCAUCAAUACCAGAAAGGUGUCAGCUUGUGCCACGCCUGGACUCUCUUGAGAUAGAGAAUUGUAAAAAAAUGGUAGCGGUAUUUGACGUCCCUGCAUCUCUCAAGACAAUGGAUAUUUCAGUCUGCACUAAACUUGAGUCCAUAUUUGGCAAGCAGCAAGGAAAGUCAGAAUUACGUCAAGGGUCUUGUAGUGAUGAUAGCUCCCUUCCAUGCCUGGAAACAUUAAGUUUAGAUGGCUGCACUAGCUUGUCAGGGGUUUUCAUUCUUCCUGCAUCCCUCAAGGAGAUAUAUAUUCACCGCUGCAGUAACAUUCAAGUCCUAUCAUGUCAGCUGGAUGGACUCCAAACACUAGAAGUCACUGCCUCCACAAGUGUAUCUCUAACGGUACGGGAGUGUGAUAGCUUGUCAUUGGUUCUCAAUCUUCCCAUGUACCUGAAGAAACUAGACAUUCGACGCUGCAAUAGGUUGAAAUCAAUAGAAUCUCACUCGGGAGAUCUCUCAUCAUUGGAAGAACUCAAGGUUAGGUGCUGCCGAACCGUGGCAUCCCUACCGGAUGGGCCACAACGCCCACAAUACACUUCUCUCCGAUGGCUUGAAAUUAGAUACUGUCCUGGUAUAAAAACGCUCCCCAGAUGGGUGCGGGUGCAAUUGGGUAGCCUAGAGGAGAAAGAUCUGGACGCCUGUUAUGAAGGACCUAGGUUAUUGAAACCAAAUACAUGGAAAUACGCCAUCUCUAGAGAAUAGCACCAUCGUCAGCAGCAUGGAAAUACAAAGGCAAGUUAUGAAAAAGGCAUGUGCCUCCUUCUUCUUCCGGAGAUCGGACGGAUGCUCCAACAGUAUCGGUAACUCUGAAGAUCAAUGCACUAGCAACCGACAGCUCGAAUCGCCAAUUUGAAGUAAAUAAACUCGAUCAGAAGCCAAUCUCUACAGCUUUCAGAAUGCAUGCAUGCUUGGUAACUCGAUCUAGAGUUGAGGUUGCAGCAUGCAUGAUCUGUCCAUUGUACAGAUCAA